CACUGCAACGAGAUCUGGAAACAGGAUCCGGCCAUCAUGAUGAGGAAGAAUGAGCUGACCGGCGACAGCACCAACGUCGACGGAAACAGCAAGCUGCGGAAAGGACUGUGGUCACCGGAGGAGGACGAGAAGCUGAUGAACUACAUGCUCAGGAACGGGCAAGGUUGUUGGAGCGACGUGGCGAGGAAUGCGGGCUUGCAGCGGUGCGGGAAGAGCUGCCGCCUCCGCUGGAUCAAUUACCUGAGGCCUGAUCUCAAGCGCGGCGCGUUCUCCCCCCAAGAAGAAGAGCUCAUCGCCCACCUGCACUCCAUCCUCGGCAACAGGUGGUCUCAGAUUGCGUCACGUUUGCCUGGGCGGACUGAUAACGAGAUCAAGAACUUUUGGAACUCCACCAUCAAGAAGAGGCUAAAGAACUCAACCAACACCGGAGAUCCAAAUCCCAAAGCAGCAAUUGGAAGCUUCGCCGGUGCAAAGGAGCACCAGAGGCAGUCCGUGUACACGCACUCAUCACCACCUUCGUCUUCUUCUUCCUCGUCCGUGCAUGGCUUCUCUGUAGGGAACCAGUACGACCUCCUGCCCCUUCCCGGCGCCGCAGGUUGUGGCGUGACCAGAGUAGAAGACUCCUACUUCCACGAACCACAAGAUUUAGCUCAAGUUGGCAUGGAGAUGGCGAUGGUGAAGGGAGGCCUCAUGGGUGCAGGAUGCGAGCUGUUCGUGCCCCCUCUCGAGAGCAGUCAAGAAGAGAACGCCAUGAACGAUACGAGUGGCGUUGAUGUGAGUGAUGGUGGUGGAGUGUUUUGGGAGGGUGAGAACAUGAGAGUGGCGCAGUGGGAGUUGGGAGACUUGAUGAAGGAUGCGUCCUUCCCCUUUCCUUGGUUUCUAAGUUGAAUGAUGGGGCGUUGAUUCAACAGAUAUCACCUCCAUCUGAGCCUCCAUAUACAUAUAUAUACUUCAAA